AGCUGGAGCAGCGCGGAUUGCACUCAAAGCUCCCAGUGCAUACGCAGCCCCUCUGGCAUGUGCUCCAUUCUCUAGUCCCUCUGCUUCUGGCACAUCACCACCACCGCCAGCUGCUGCUGAGCCCCCUGCACUGUCAACAGCACCCAGGAGCGAGGUCAGAGAGCCUGAACAGAGCCCCAGAGAAGAAGCCCCCCAGGAGCCCAAACCCUGCAACUGGAGGAACCUACAUUCUCUUCACCCCCUGGAGAAAGAGUCCAGGCAGAGACACCCCAGAAGGAGGGAGCUCUUUGAAGCAGGGCCACUGAGCACCAAAUAUCUCAGACAGACCGCCGCUGUGGGCACUGGGAGUGGCCCCGAGCAGGCACCCCCAAGGAUCCAGUCUCUCCCCUGUACCUACCCUGGCUCCAUGGAGGAGGAGGAGGCUGUACUGUCUCCUGGGGCUAACAGCACUGAGUGCGGCGUCGGGGCUAACUGGACAGGCACCCCAGUGUGUUGGCUGCAAGUGUCGGGGGGUGGCCCCGCAGUCGUGAUUGUGCCUGUGCUCUUCGGGCUGAUCUUCAUGCUGGGCAUGGUGGGGAACACGCUGGUGUUAGUGGUGCUGGGGCGAAUCCGAUCUGGGGGACGCCCUUCACGCAGCGCCACCAACAUCUUCAUCCUCAACCUGAGCAUUGCAGAUUUCUCAUUCCUGCUCUUCUGCGUCCCCUUCCAAGCCACCAUCUACUCCCUGCCCGAGUGGGUCUUCGGCGCCUUCUUCUGCAAGUGGGUUCACUACCUGGCCAUGGCCACCAUGCUCGUCAGCAUCUUCACCCUGGUGGCCAUGUCUGUGGACAGAUACAUCGCCGUGGUGCACGCCAAGCGCUCGCCCUGCAUCCGCAGCAAACGCAAUGCCUCCCUGGGCGUGGGCAUCAUCUGGCUGCUGUCACUGCUCAUUGCCAUCCCUGUGGCCCAGCACCAGGCCCUCAUGAGUGGCCACCAGCAGGCACCCAACAGCUCCUUCUGCUGGGAGCAGUGGGCUGAUGAUUCAGCUGCCAAGCAAAUCUACAAGGUGACCAUCCUGGUGGUGGGGUACCUGCUGCCCCUGGUGCUCAUUACCUGCUGCUAUGCCAAGGUUUUAUAUCAUCUUCAUAAAAAAGUGAAGAACAUUUCCAAGAAGUCGGAGAGAUCAAAGAAAAAGACAGCGCAGACAGUGCUACUUGUGGUUGCUGUAUUCUUGAUUUCCUGGCUGCCGCACCACAUUAUCACCAUGUGGGCAGAGUUUGGUCAGUUUCCCCUGAACAACAUCUCCUUCACUUUUCGCAUCAUCUCUCACUGCUUAGCCUACGGGAAUUCUUGCAUUAACCCCAUCAUCUAUGCUUUCCUCUCGGAGAACUUCCGCAAGGCCUGCCGGCAAGUCUUCACCUGCAAGUUCCUCCUGCGGCCAACUCCUGCUGAGAAGCUUGUGAGAAUACGCCUGGAGAACUUUUCUACCACCCACUCAACGACUAAUGUGUGACCUGGGCAUAAAAAAUGAAAAUGCAUUUCAGUAGAAUGUACUGGAAAAACAGAGAAGAUGGGGAGAAGGAGGACCCCACUUUUAUAGAUAUGAUUCUGGAGCAGAGUGCCUCAAGAGUGAUUCAUUCAUCAUGUCAAUGGAAUCAUGAGCCAUUCCUUAAUGCAGCUGUUAGCAUACUUCACACAGGAACAGCUGCUGCUAACCACUAGAUUCUAUAUAGCAGAAGUGCUCAAACACACCACACAAGCUCCUAAAUACUUCCAGAUUCACACAAAGAGGCUGAGGCAUAAGUUUAGAUGGAAGGUGGAGUUUUAUGUCUUAUAAGAAAAUAAUUCAGUUCUGUGUCCUGCAAAGAGCAGUCGAGCUGAAUACAAACUGGGAUGUGGUUUAUUAAUGAUAAAAAGUAUGGGGAGAGAUGGCUUGAAGUAGUUAGGAAAAUGUCUUGUUGCAAAGUCUCUAAUGCUACUGUUGUAUCUUAAAUCACAUCUGGAUGUCAGUGUUUCUAGUGUAUGUGAGCUGCAUUUAUUUUUAAUUAAUUUGCUGAGACUGGGUCUCCCUUCUUCAUGACAGAUUUUCCUAGCCCUCUUUGACAGAGUAAAAGCAGCUCAGUGCAUUCAUGUAACUGACUAGAGUCACAAUUUAUGUCUCAGAGGUCUGAAUAUUUAUAUUUGUCUGCUCUGUAUCACCUUGUAUAUUUCCUGGUUUGAAUGUUAGUACCAGUUAUAUUCAGGAAAACAUCAUCAAUCAUUGUCUCUAAUGCUGGUCUGUUUAGGACCAGCGAGGGGGAGACAGCGAGAUUUAAAACUAAAACUCUUAAGAGUAUAUUGUUAAGUGUCAGUGUCUUUCUGUUCAAAGGUAUUGUUUACACA